GGAAUUCUGUCUGAGUGAAAGUGUGUUUUUCGGGAAGUGGGCGGAGUUUGGGGAGUUUUGGGACUUUCCUGUUUGGUUCAGCUUUUUGAAAGACAGGAUGGCUCACACAGAUUUCCCAGAUUUCCCAGAUUCAGCUGCUGUAAUCAAGAGCCAUGACCGAGGGCCCGGGGACUGCAACUGCUCCGACAGCAGACUACAGUGACUACUAUGACUUCUAUGAUGAGACUGGAUCAGUGUGUGCAGAUGAGAGCACAACGGCCUUCAGCGGGCUUCUCUUUCCCGUCCUGUACAGUACAGUGUUCACGCUGGGUUUGCUGGGAAACGCUCUGGUCCUGUGGGUCCUGAUCAGACACCGUCACAGAAGCAGUCUGACAGACGUGUGUUUGCUCAAUAUAGCCGUCUCUGACCUGCUCUGUCUCGCCUCGCUCCCGGUCUGGGCUCACAGUGCCGUGGAUGAGUGGGUUUUUGGCUCGUUCGUGUGUCACACUGUAACCGGUCUCUUCACGACGGGUCUCUACGGCAGAGUCUUCUUCAUGGUCCUCAUGACACUGGAUCGCUACGUCAUCAUCGUCUACAAACACAGCAUCUGUUCCAGAAAAUGGCCUGCAAAAAUAGCCCUGGUCUUAUUUGUGUGGAUGCUCAGCCUGUUUGUGUCCCUCCCUGAUAUUGUUUUUGCCAAAGUGAAGGAGAGCAGCAAAGCGUCCUGCGGAUCUGAGUUUCCUGAAGGUGCAGCCUGGAUGUCCUUUACGUAUCUGAACGUCCUGAGCUUGAUUCUGCCUCUGAUUAUCACGAGCUUCUGCUUUUGCCGGAUCCUCAGCGCUCAAUCAGAAGAAAACCACAGCAUCGUCAGACUCCUCCUGGCUGUGCCGGCUGUUUAUUUCUUCUUCUGGACUCCAUACAACAUCGUCACGUUCCUCGUGUUCCUGCAGACGAAGGGCUACAUGCUUUCUUGUGAGUGGUUUAAUGGUCUGGCUCUUGCCAUGCAGUGGGUGAAAGCCAUCGCAUUAAUCCACUGCUGCCUCAAUCCCAUCAUCUACACCUGUGUGGGACAGAAGUUCAGAAGAGCAGUGCUUACGGUCCUUCCAUCGUGCUUCAGCCAAUACAUAACCAGCUCUCCACAGUCCCCUGAGAGCGGGUCUUCUGAAUGCUCCUCCACACUGAUCGCAUAAACACAGAGGCUCAUAUUCUCACUCUCCCGGAGUUCACUUUUUAAUAAACACGUACUGAGUGCAGUUGUCUUUGCUUUGUUUUCUGACAGUUUUGUUAAUGAGGAUGUAUGUGAAGUAGUAAACUGCACGUAUAUCGCAUGCAUAUCGCUCAUAUUCUAGACAUGCAACAGGAGUUAAUGAUUUCAUCAACAUUUUAAAUGUUAGUAUUUGCA